CCACACACACACACACACACACACACACACACACACACACACACAAAUCUCUGCUGGUGCUGCUGCUGAAGACUCAGGAUCCGCGGACACUAUGAGUGCAUCCAAAGCCCAGGAAAGCGGUGAGGUGAGAAUGGGACACUCUCUGAACACAGACGAGAGAGAGUUUAUAGCCAGAAGGAAAAACACUGUUCUGCAAAGCCUGCAGAAGCUUAAUAUACACUGCACUCAGGAUAAAAUGCCGAACAUAGCAUUACUGGGUUCUGGAGGAGGACAGAGAGCCAUGGUGGGUUUGCUGGAAUGUCUGGUUCAGCUUGAUAAAGCGGGUCUUCUGGACUGCAUCCUUUAUCUGAGCGGAGUCUCUGGAUCCACCUGGUGCAUGGCCUCCUUAUACAAGGAACCAGACUGGUCCACCAAACUAGAGACUAUGAAAGACAAAAUCAUCGAGAGAAUCAGCGGUCCAGGAGUCAGCUGGGACGACAAAGUGGCCAAACUGAAGAAAUAUUACAUGAAAGACUUCUUCAGCUUGACUGACCUCUGGGCGGUGUUGUUUGUCACAUCAUAUGUGAAGGAGAUCGAUGAACAAACGAUUUCAGAGCAGUGGGACCAGCACAGUAAAGACCCGUACCCCGUCUACGCAGUGAUCGACAAGCAAUGCAAAAAACGCGAGGAAGGAGACCCCUGGCUUGAGGUCAGUCCACAUGAAGCGGGUUACUCCCUCACCGGAGCGUUUGUGGACACCUGUAACUUCGGCAGCCAGUUCGAGAACGGCUCCAAGAAAAAACACCAGCCUGAAAUGGACAUGCUGUACCUGCAAGCUGUGUGCAGCAGUGCUUUAGCCGAUGGAGAGGCGACCUGGAAAUGGAUAAAAGCUAUUUCAGCACCUGAACUAAAAUCAGCAUUAGACAAAAUGGAGAAAGAUAAGACCGGAGGAAACGCCUCGAGGAGCUCUCAGCAGUCUGCCGGUGAAGAUGAAUGUUACCAGGAGCUCUCGAGCAUUGUGAACGCUGACCCCUCUGCCCUUGAGCAGUCCUCCAAAACAAAGCUGACCGACCUUUUUGGAGCUAAAAAGCAGACUGGCCAAACUACACAAAAAACACUCAAAUGCAUCACUCAGAGUAUCUGGGGCAGGAAUUAUAACUUCCUCCACAACAUGACAGACGAAUCAGUGCCAGCCGCUCUUUUGCAAAAAGAGACGAGAGAUUUUAUAGACGCCGGACUCUUGCUCAACUCACCCUACUUCUCAAUGCUGAGAAAAGAACGAAACAUUGACCUCCUCAUUGCUCUGGAUUUCAGCGACGGAGAUCCUUUCACGACGGUGAGAGAAGCUGCUAAGACGUGCAAGAAACUAAACAUCCCUUUCCCUGAAGUCAACGUUCCCAGUGACGAAGGGAAGAAACCCAAAGACUUCUACGUGUUCAAAGGCCAAAACGUUCCAACCGUGAUCCACAUCCCUCUGUUUAAUGUGGUCAACUGUGGAGAUAAGCCUGGUGACUGGAGAAAGAAAUACGGCAUCUUAAAAGGCCCUUACAGCGCCGAGAUGACCGCUGAAGUUAUGGGAGUCGCUGGAAAAAACAUCUCGAACAACAUAGAGAAACUGUUGGAGCAGAUUCGUGCGGUCGCUGCUGCGAAAUGAUUCCAGGCGCGACGACUAGCCUAUAUUACAAGUCUGCAAGAAAUUAAAAUUCAGUCCGCUUAAUUCAUUCUGGAUUUCUUGUAAAUGUUUUUUUUUCUAUGCUAAGGUGAAACAGCAGGUUCUUUCUGGUGACGUGGAUGUGGCGUUAUAGUCAUAAUUGGACUUUUUAUUCUUUGUUGAAAUGCUUCACUGUUUUGACCUUCAAUUGCAAAUUAAAGAGCGGAUCAUUCAAAUCAACAAGACGUGAUUACUGCUUAAAAUACACAUUACGUUUGUUUUUCCAGGGCAAAAACUGAACCUUGUGGAUGAAGGAAAAAAAAAAAUCUUUCUGUAAAGAUUAACCGGUGGCAGAAGAGCAUGCAGUCUGCUAUUAAAACAUAGGAUUAAAUGAUUGCAUAAUACUGAUAUUGCAAA